CUUUCUCACUCUUCCCAAUCCAUUAUUUCUCUCUUCAUAAUUCACAUUUCAAUUAUAUUCCCAUUAAAACAAAACAAGAAAAGAACAAGAUACUGUCACACUCUCUUCUCUACUGUCAUGCUCAUGGCCUCCGACCACCCCGCCGCCGCCGCCUUCCGCCGCAUCACCGAAGAACAAGAACUCUCCGUCAUCGUCGACGCCCUCACCCAAGUCAUUUCCGGCGCCGCCUCUUCCGGCCUCCAGUUCCACCACGACCAUUUCCACCGCCUCCUCUUCCCUCCCAGCUCCUCCGCCCCUGCUGCCUUCUCCUCCUCUUCAGAUUUCGAUACGUGUCCCGUCUGUAAAAUCAAUGGCUGCUUGGGUUGCAAUUUCUUCUCCGCCACUGCCUCAACCUCCGCCGCCACCAACAACAACAACAAUCCCGGCCGCCGUGUCAAGCGUUUGAAGAAGAAUUAUAGAGGCGUCCGCCAACGCCCUUGGGGGAAAUGGGCCGCCGAAAUCCGUGACCCGAAACGUGCCCAACGUGUAUGGCUUGGUACCUUCAAUACCGCCGAAGAUGCCGCACGUGCUUACGAUGAAGCUGCUAUUAGAUUCCGUGGCCCACGUGCCAAACUCAAUUUCCCCUUCCCUGAUAAUUCCUUGACCACAUUCCGUUCUUCUCCUCCGCCGGCUUCCACCACCACCUCCGCCUCUACCUCCACCGCCGCCGUAGCAGGAGCUCCAAGAACGUCGUCAUCAAUGAAAAUCGAGACCCAAAAUGACAUCAUAUUACCGGAGAUCUUCAACGACGACGACGACAUCCAGAGAUUGCUCAUGGAUUUUGCUGGUCAAUCAAGAAGCUGGUAAAAUCAAAUUCAAAAUUGAGAACAACAAAAUUCUUUCAACUAUUUUUUUUUUACAAUUAGGGAAAGAAUAUACUUUUUGUUUACUACAGUCAAAUUAUUUGUUCUUAGAAAUUGUAAAAUAAUAGUGAAAUUCAGAACGAAAUAAAAAAAAAAAAGUCCACUUUUUUCAAACCCCACGUACGAGCGGAUCCUGAAAGUAAUAUUAUAAUACUAGAUAUCCAAAACCGUG